AUGCCACACACUGGUUUCACUCAGUGGAUCGCUCCAACAUAUGCCAAAGUAACGAAUCCACAGCACUGGAAUCAGGAGGCUGUUGACCUAGCUACUCUUCCCGGAGAUUGUGCCCACCCUACUCUCCUGUUCUACUUGUAUGGGGACCAAUCUAUAUCCUUCGCGAACAAUCUUACAACAAUGCCAUCGCAAAAAGAACGAGACGAAUACCUAAUACAAUUCUUCAAGCCGUACUACUCAUUGCUUCCACAUUUUGACGAGUCUUCAGAAGACUGCACCCCCGUGCAAUGUUUGGCGACCACUUGGAUUGCUGAUGAUCUUGCUGGAAAUGGUAGCUACACUACCCUACGAACUAAUGUUAUAGAGCCAGACAAGGACGUUGAGAUCAUCAAAGAUGGCCUUCCGGGCUGUAGUAUUUGGUUUGCGGGUGAACAUACUGCCCCAAUCGUUGCGCUUGGUACUGUGACUGGAGCGUAUUGGUCUGGCGAAGCCGUUGCAAAUCGGAUUGCAAGCUCAUAUGGCAUGUCGGAGCUUGCUGGUAGACCCGUGUCGAGUAUUGAGAAUCAACAUCCAGAAUGA